AUGAGCGUUUGCAACCCAACCACACUCCAAGAGCUGGCAGUGCAGAGCCUGCUGCGAAACGAGGCCUCAACCAUCUCUGCUCUGGAAUACCUGCCCAUUAAUUUCUUCCCACCAGUUUUCAAGGAGGCCUUCAUUGGUAGACACAUGGAGCUAUUGAAGGCAAUGUUAGUUGCCUGGCCAUUUUCCUACCUUCCUGUGGGGGCCCUGAUGAAGACACCAGAUGUGGAGUUGUUGCAAGCUGUUCUGGAUGGUGUAGAUAUUCUGCAGACACAGAAGGUUCGUCCCAGAAGUUGGAGGCUUGGAAUACUUGACUUGAGGAAUAUGAACCAGGAUUUCUGGGAUCUAUGGGCUGGCAGAGACUGGAACUGCUCAACGGAGACUGAAAGCAAUGCACAACUAUGCAAUGAACUGAGGCAGGGUUUGAAGGUGGUCACUGAACUUAGUCUCAGUUCCCACCUGAAAGAACACCAAGCAUGCUUGUUGCAUUGGGCCAAGCAUAGGAAAGACUGCGUGCAGCUGUGCUGUGUGAAGAUGAAGAUUUGUGACUCCCCGAUAGAGAUUAUCAAGGGGGUCUUGGACAUUUUCCCACCAGACAAUAUUGAGGAAUUGGAGCUAUACACAAACCAGGUGCAGCCCUUCCUGGGUCACAUCGCACCUCAUCUUGGCCGUAUGACAAGACUUCGCAAAUUGAAUUUCUGCAAACUCAAAUUCCUCAAGCAUCUUUCCAUUGAUGGCAUAUACUUUCACCCAGACCACAUGCAACUGUUAUUUGGAUGCCUGAAGAGCCCAUUGGAAACAUUGAUCAUCACUCUCUGCCAUCUCUCCCAGUCAGACUUGAAACAGUUGUCGCAGUGUCAGGGGAUCUGUCAACUGAGACACCUGACCUUCAGUAAUGUAGUUUUGUCCAGUUUGGGUGUCCCACAUCUCCGAGUUCUCCUUGAGAAUACAGCAGACACUUUGCAGACCCUGGAGUUGGUGGAAUGCUGGAUGGAGGACUCUCAUCUCAGUGCCCUCUUGCCUGCCCUGAGCCUGUGCUCACAUCUCACCACUGUGAAUUUCUGUGAUAACAAGUUUUCCACUGCUGUACUGAAGAAGCUUUUGCAGAGUGUGGCCAAUCUAAGCAACAUGACUGUAGAGUUCUACCCCGCCCCACUAGAGUGCUAUGAUCCCCUGGGUUCUGUCCUGGUGGAGAAAUUUGCCCAGUUAUGUCCUGAGCUCCUGGAUAUACUUUGUGCCAAAAGGCAGCCCAAGACAAUACUUUUUGCUACAGACGUCUGCCUUGAAUGCUGCACGCGCUGUUUUUAUGACACCGAGGCCAGACUUUGUCAGUGCUGGCAAUAA